AUGGCUAUGAAGACUUCUAUGGGCUUGUCACCUUUUCAGUUGAUAUAUGAGAAAGCAUGUCACUUACCAGUGGAGAUGGAGCAUAAAGUUUUGUGGGCUUUGAAAUUUUUAAAUUUUGAUCCUCAUGAAACUCAGAGCAAACGUAGAAGUCAAUUGUUGGAGCUUGCAGAGAUGCGGUUACAUGCAUAUGAUUCAUCUAGGAGUUAUAAGGAAAAGGUAAAAUUUUAUCAUGACAGGAAAUUAAUAAAGAGAGCUUUUAACCCUGGGCAACAGGUGCUAUUAUUCAAUUCAAGGCUGAAGUUAUUUCUUGGAAAGUUGAAGUCAAAAUGGACAGGGCCUUUUGUAAUAAAGCAUGUAUACCCUAAUGGAGCAGUUGAAUUGGUGAAUCCUGCUAAUAAUGAUCCUCAGAACAGUUGGGUGGUGAAUGACCAAAGACUCAAGCAUUACUUGGGAGGAGAAGUAGAACAACUUUCCAUGGUAAUGAAGUUGGUGGACCCGUAA